GUUGUGGGGGGCCUAACCUGGGACAGUAGGAAGGAAGGGACUGAUGGCAAGAGUUGAAGCAUCAGAGCUGAUGUGGACAGUUCUGGGCCAGCAGGAAAAUGGGGGGCGGGCGGCGCUUCUCAGGAUUGGUGCACUGGUAAAAAUCUUUACAGAGGAUUUGCCCCAGGUACCCUUGCAAACUUGUGAUCCCUAGUGAGGCAUCCUGGCUGCCCUCUGUCAGCCCCUGAGCAUCCUCUUCCUAGCCCUGUGGGUCUAGUUAGCAGAAUUUAAUUUGUGAAUGUGGGGACAGCAAAGAAAGAUGAAUUCAGGGCCCACAGAGAUGUUGAAGUUAGGUGAUUUAGCAAGUGGGAAAACUGAUUUGGAAGGGAGACAAUGAAGAAUUCCCUCUGGACAUAUUGAGUCACCUGCAAGAAGUAAUGGUGAAAUUAUGGGACCAGAAGAGAUUACCAAGGAAGGGUGCUGAGGUUAAUGAGUACAGAUCCAAGGUCAGUCCUUAGGAGCACAUUCAUAAGGUGACAAAGGGAAGAGGAGCCACGGGAAUCAACACUUGGAAGUUAGCUACUAUUAUACUGGGUUAUGAUUAUGGACAUGAAUGGAAGUAUUAUCCUCCUUUUAUCCCUACCUCAUCACUGAGAAACUUCAGGCUCAGAGUGAUCAGUAAUGUGUCCAACAACACCGAUCGCAGUAGAAAUGAUCUGUUUGUAUGUUUGUUUGCUAGGCAGUGAGUUCCUUUACAUCAGGGAUCUAAUGCAACGCCUACUACUUUGUAGAAUGAUUAAAUAAUUCAAAGAAAGAAGACAUUACAUCUUGUUGGAUUGAUCAUUAAAAACUACAUAAGUAAUAAUGGCUCACUUUUUUAGUAUUUACUGUGUUCUAGGAACUUUACAUAACCAAACUCAUUUGUUACUUACAAAUGACAAUAUAAAAGUCUUAAGAACAAUAAGAAUAAUUAUACUCGUUUUAGAAAGGAGGUAAUACAGCACAGAGAGGUUAAUUGUCAUGCUCAAGGCUAUUUAUUUGGAAAAUGGCAGGCCAAGAUUUGAACUCAAGAAAUCUGCAGCUAGGCAGAGCCUGGUCCCUGUUCCUAAAUAUUACACUGCACUGCCUGUUAAAAGGAUUAGCAUUUGAUACACACUUUAAACAGUUUUCUUAGGGAUAGAUUUAAGUAGGCAGGGCAUUCAGGGUAGAAGUGAAUUUAAUUUGGGAAAUCAGGAAAUAGUUGGGUUUGACUGAAUUGUUAUAUACAGGAAAGUAGGAGGUCUUGUGCUCUAAACUGAAUUUUUGAAAGAUUUAAAUGAAGUGGGGUGAUAGAUAAAAUACAAACUACUCUGCCAGAAGAAUGUAAAUCUCACUUCUUCAGAGGAAUAAUAUCACUAUAUGUUUUUCCAGUUUAGACUUCUAUAUCACUAUUAAAAUUUUAUGAAAUAAAGGACUAUUUUAUAGUAUCUAGUUAAUUAUAUAUUUGACCACCCUCUGCCUUGUUAACACAAAAUUAGUAUGAAAUAAUAGGGACAAUUUUUAGCUCUUUAUUAUGUAAUUAUGAUUUUAUUCUUCUUGAGGCUUUUGAACUCUUAAGUAAUUUCAGACCAGGUGCCACUGCAGAACUUAAUUUAUGACUCCCUUUCAGAAAAUGCCAUGUACAUUCAUGUGUAUGCCAUUAAAAUAGAAGAAAUUAAAUUGUCAGUCUUGCCAAAUUCCUGUAAAUCACUAUGAAACCUUUGGUAUCACAUUCUAGUGUGUUUAAAGUAUUGAGGUCAAGUUUAAAUAUAUUGAAUGGUGGUUAUUUUUAUCAUAAUGAAGUUGCUAUUUAGGCUUAGCAUAGAUAGAGUCAGUCUUCUGAAAAGAUGAGCAUUAUUCAAGUAUGAGAAAUGAUAAUAGUAAUUAAAGUCCUGAAUUAAUUCUUAGGCAGGUUUGUACUGCAAAAAUAUAAAAAGGAUUGUGGUUCAAAAAUGGAGAACCAGAGGGUGAUGGUCUGAGAAUGAGGAAGGAGAGAGAGGAAUCUGGAAGCUAUGUUUGGUGUUAGCUUUACAUUUCCCUUAGCAGUAGAUACAAUUACUGUCUAUGGAAAAGCAGGCAUGUUUAUACAAAAUGGGUAUAAUUUUUUGCGUUUUUGAUUUCCUUUUACAGUUUUGAAGAAGUACACAGAAAACACUCAUCAGAAAAAAGCCAUUUUUAGUAAACGACAGAAUCUUCCAUGUAUUGCACCACUACUGGCCACAGUGCAGGAGACUCUGUGGACCUCUGCUCGAGUCUGAGGACAUCUCCCUAAGUGGCUCAAUGGUUCUCUGCUUCGAAUUGGACCUGGGAAAUUUGAGUUUGGGAAGGACAAGUAUAAUCACUGGUUUGAUGGAAUGGCUUUGCUUCACCAAUUCAGCAUGGAGAAGGGCACUGUGACAUACAGGAGCAAGUUUCUACAGAGUGAUACAUAUGAGGCCAACAGUGUUCAUAAUCGAAUUGUGAUCUCAGAAUUUGGCACACUGGCUCUUCCUGACCCAUGCAAGAAUGUUUUUGAGCAUUUCAUGUCAAAGUUUGAGCCGCCUGCAAUGACAGACAACACCAAUGUCAAUUACGUGCGGUACAAGGGUGAUUACUACGUUAGUACUGAGACCAACUUUAUGAAUAAAGUGGACAUUGAAACCCUGGAAAAAACAGAAAAGGUCAACUGGAGCAAAUUCAUCGCUGUGAGUGGUGCAACUGCACAUCCUCAUUAUGACCCAGAUGGAACCACAUUCAACAUGAGCAACUCCUAUGGGCCGCACGGGUCGGAAAGAAAUCUCCAAAGUGGCAUUACUGAACUUAAAGCACGUAAUUUAACAGUUUGGAGAGAAGAUGGUUUUUAUCCCUCAGAGCCUGUUUUUGUUACAGUACCAGGAGCCAAUGAAGAAGAUGGUGGGAUUAUUCUUUCUACAGUGAUCACCCCCAACCAGAAUGAAAGCAAUUUUCUUCUAGUCUUGGAUGCCAAGAACUUUGAAGAACUGGGCCGAGCAGAGGUGCCUGUGAAAAUGCGUUAUGGAUUCCAUGGCACCUUCGUUACCAUCUGAAAGGACAACCACAAGCUCCGCAAGUUAGGCGUAAAAUGAAUGUGCUCUUACAAAAGAGAAAGCAAAAAGGAGGGCAAGCCCUCCAAAAGGAGUGCAAGGACUGCUUUCCAAGCCAUAGACAAGUGGGUUUUAAGUCAGAAUUCAUGAGAUAAUUGUGGUUUUAUGUUUUCUUUGGGCUCUUCCUCUAAAAAAUUAAGCACAAACUCUUGAAGAGUUCUGAAUUUACAUUUACUAGCUGUGUCUUCCUCUAGGUGCCAAAAAUACAUGAAAGAACAACCAGAACUGGGUCAUUGCCACCACCAAAUAGGUGGGUGACCGAGAUCCUCACACUUGGGGAGAAUACACGUGAUCAUAGAUAGUAGGACAUGAAUACAGAUCUGAAAAGCACCCUUGGACUUUUCCCCACAUUCUGCCUGUGGCCCCUGGUCCCAAGGUGCUCCCAGAGGAGAGGGAGCCAGUGAGGUCAUGCCUGAAGGCUCCGUCUAAACUGGCUGUUUUUCUGCUGUCCUCAGCAGACGCCAGAGCUGCUGGGCCACCUCCCAGCCAGACCCCCGUUUAGCCUUGGGAGGCUGUUGUUCUGAGGGACGUUGCAGAAACCAGGCAUUUCUUCUAUGUCCAGGCAUAUAGUUCUCUCGAUUGAUGAAAACUUGUUAGUUCUUCAUUAGGCAACAGGUGACACUAGGGACCAUAUAAUCCCCACAUUUUUAAGCCCUACUGGUUCUUACCAAGAGUGAAAAUCAGCCUACGUCUGUCGCUUACAUAAACC